UUUUCAGAUGUCAAAUAACACAACAAUACCAUCAAAAACAGCGACGGACAUCUGUCUGACAGACAGACAGAUGUCCUUAUCAGUCAGUUCAACAGAAGGAGUACUUAUUGGAACGAUUAUUCCAAUUCUUGUGCUCUUCGGAAUUUCCGGAAAUAUUCUUAAUCUCACAGUACUUUUAGCUCCAAAUUUAAGAACGCGAUCAAAUCAACUUUUGGCAUGCCUUGCAGUUGCUGACAUUGUCAGUUUAGUCGUAAUUCUUCCCCAUUCAAUGGCUCAUUAUGAAACAUUUGAGACGGCGUUAUGGUUUCGGAAAUUUUAUGGAAAAUAUAAAUUUCAAAUUAUUGCAAUGACAAAUUGGUCAAUCGCUACUGCUACAUGGCUGGUUUUUGUGAUAUGUUUAGAAAGAUUGAUCAUCAUAAAAUAUCCGUUAUCAGUGAGAAAACAGGCAAAGUUUUUUACUCCUCGGAACGUCGUCACAAUCAUUGUUGUCACCACUUUCAUCCUCACUUCCUACAAUCACGUGAGCCAUGCUUGUGCUGAAAAGCUCUUUUGUAAUGGCACACAAUACCACGUGGCUUGUUUGGGAAUUGAUUCCGAACGUUGGUUCCGGAAUGAGCCAAAUCCCAACUCUGAAUUUAUGAAGUCUGUUGUCCGUGUAGCUCCUCAAGUUAAUGCAAUUUUCGUUGUGCUCAUUCCAGUGGUUCUCGUGAUUAUAUUCAAUGUCAUGCUUAUUUUGACGUUGAGGCAAAGAACAAAGUUAUUUGAACCAUCAAAAACUAUUCGAGGAGAUUCACAGUUUACCCAGCUUCAAUCAAAAACAGAACAUAAAGUGACAAUCACAGUUACAGCAAUUGUGACGUGUUUCACAAUAACUCAGAGUCCAUCAGCAUUUGUCACAUUUCUCAGUUCCUACGUCCACAGGGAUUGGGUUACACUGAGUGCAAUCUGCACAAUUCUGGUUGUACUUGGCAAAGCCUUAAACUUUGUUCUCUUCUGUCUUUCAUCUGCAUCAUUCCGUCAACGUCUUCUCAUGCAGACAAAACAAGGAAUUCUUCGGAAAUCGACGAGGUAUACAAGCGUGGCGGCUCACGUGUAGCCAGUUGUUCUGCUUCUUUAAUUUCUGAAAAUCAACUACUUCUGAAAAAGAAAACGGGUGAAAUACACUUCCAUCUACCUGAUGUUAUGUUCUUUCUCUUUCACUCCCAGUUCAAACAAAAGAAAUCAAAAUCAUUUUUCGUUGUAUCUCAAUUUUGUUCAAUUACGUGUAUCAUCAUCAUCAGCAUGGCUUCUGAAAUCCCCUUCUCACUGAUUCCAAACACAUUCUUCUUUUUUUAAAAAUAGAUAUUUUCUGUUGUGUAUGCCUGUUAUCGCUUUGGCUGCUUUUGUAUAUAUUGUAAAUAAAUUUGAACAUUU